AGACCUCGUCUCACUCCCUGGCCAGUAAUCUCCAAAUUCACAGCUGCCUUUCUCUUUAUUUGAUCUCCUUGCGAGAACCUGUGAUUGUUUAGUCUGUUUUAUUGAUCAUGUUUACAGUGUUUUGUCUGCUCGGAUCAUUCUAGAAGAUCCAGUUUUGUAAACAUCGUUGGAGCCCAGUUUGAUGACAGAGUGGUGGUUUUCUUUCUCUCUGUUGGAUCGUAUUCAGGACUUUCUGGUUUUUUGAUCUCAAUGUAUAGAUCUUCUGCCAUUUAUUUAUCAACAAUCUGGAUUUUCAGCUAUGCAGUUGACUUGACAUUAUUUGACCUUUCUGAAGCAAGCUGGAAAAGAGAGGCCUGGUGGAUGGGAGUGUUCGAUAUGGUGUGGCCCAAAUGUGAAAUGAUAUUCAUGCAGCUCCUAUCAGCCUCACAUUAAAGUAAUAAAUGGAGAGCCCUGGGGCCCUUGGCGACAUGCUCAGACAUGCUUUUCCCUCUUUAGACUGCUCGUGUUUAAUUCAAGUUUGGUGAUACGAACGUUAUUUUUUCUCCAGGCUAAUGUCAUUAUUCUCAUUUCGGCUAGAUAACCCAUUUACUCUGCAGAUUCUUUUUGAACUAUUUAUGAUUUUUCAAAACCUUCAGGACUAUUUGCUGUUAAGAAAGUUUGGCAGAGGAGGAAACAAAGAUAGAAUCGGAUGCUGUUGAAGGGAUGGAGGUGUCCAUGCCAACCAAAGCAGUCCCUGAUCUAGGAUCAGUGGAGCAGACGCUGGCUGCGCAGAAGAGGAAAGCACCCAGUCCUCCACAUUCCUCAAAUGGACAUUCUCCCUCAGACACGUCACCCAGUCCUACAAAGAAGAAGAAGAAACCAGGAUUAAUCAACAGCAAUAAAGACCAAUGUGAGCUUAGACAUGGUCCCUUUUACUAUGUCAAGCAGCCCGCACUCACCACAGACCCUGUUGAUGUUGUACCGCAGGACGGGAGGAAUGACUUCUACUGUUGGGUGUGUCACCGCGAGGGCCAGGUGCUCUGCUGUGAGCUCUGCCCACGCGUCUACCACGCUAAGUGCCUCAAACUGGCUGCAGAGCCUGAGGGUGACUGGUUCUGUCCAGAGUGUGAGAAAAUAACGGUGGCUGAAUGCAUAGAGACUCAGAGUAAAGCUAUGACCAUGCUAAACCUGGAACAGUUGUCCUAUCUGCUCAAGUUUGCUCUACAGAAAAUGAAACAGCCGGGGACGGAGCCGUUUCAGAAGCCUGUGUCCCUGGAACAGCACCCAGAUUACUCCGAGUACAUAUUUCACCCAAUGGACCUGUGCACGUUAGAAAAGAAUUUCAAGAAGAAAAUGUAUGGUUGCACGGAAGCAUUUUUGGCUGAUGUGAAAUGGAUUCUACACAACUGUAUCAUUUAUAAUGGAGGGAAUCACAAGCUAACAGCAACUGCUAAAGUCAUUGUCAAGAUCUGUGAACAUGAGAUGAAUGAAAUUGAGGUUUGUCCAGAGUGCUACCUGUCUGCCUGUCAGAAGAGGGACAACUGGUUCUGUGAGCCUUGCUCUCAGCCUCACCCUCUGGUGUGGGCCAAGCUGAAAGGUUUUCCCUUCUGGCCUGCUAAAGCCCUGAGAGACAAGGACGGCCAGGUGGACGCACGGUUCUUUGGCCAGCAUGACCGAGCCUGGGUUCCCAUAAACAACUGUUACCUCAUGUCUAAGGAGAUCCCAUUCUCUGUGAAGAAGACCAAAAGUAUCUUCAACAGCGCCAUGCAAGAAAUGGAAGUUUAUGUUGAAAAUGUGCGCAAGAAAUACAGCGUGUUCAACUAUGCUCCAUUCCGGACACCUUACACACCCAAUAACCAGUUCCAGAUGUUGCAGGAUCCUGGUAACCCCAAAAAAGGCCCAGUGAAGCUAGAGAAACAGGAAAAGGUCAAGUUUAACUUUGAUAUGACCGCAUCUCCUAAGGUGCUCCUGGGUACUAGAACAGUGAUGCCACGGGGGCCAGGACGCCGGAUCUCUGUUACGGACAUGCCCAGAUCUCCAAUGAGCACCAACUCCUCAGUUCACACGGGGUCAGACCUGGAGCAGGACGAACGAGGGCCGAGAGUAUCAAGUCACUAUAGUGCUGGAGAAGACUCGAUGGAUUAUACAGCAUCCCCUGCCUCUCUGAAGACGAGCAACAGCCCCAAGCCUUUACUCCCCACACCGGUUAAACAGGAAAGGAGCUCAGGAACAGGUGGCAUCCUCAAUCUCAACCUUGAUCGUGUUAAAGCUGGAAUGGACCUAAAGGAGUUGAGUGAGACUGUACAACAACAACAGCAGCAUCAGCAGGGGACCUCAGUGCUUCUCACACCUCCCAAAAAAACAACCAGGAGUUUGGAUAAAACCAUAGAGAGUUGCAAGGCCCAGCUGGGAAUCGAUGAGAUCUCAGAUGAUGUGUACCGCGGUGUGGACCACAGCGACUCGGACGACUCUGACAAAUCUGAUUCCAGUGACAGUGAAUUCAUGUCUGAUGAUGAACAGAAACCCAAGAACACUAACCACAACAACAGUGUCCACAAAGACUCCAAAAAAACACCCAGACUGCUGUCCUCCCAAGGACAAAAUCAAGACACUGUUCCAUCAACUGGUAGAGGGACAACUAGUGGGGACAAGAAACCUGCCGAACCCCAAACUAAAGAGAAGUUAAGCGGUGACGUGGAGAAAGACUCUCAGGAGAAGCCUAAAACACCACAGGAGACCCAGAGGGAGAGGACGAAGCCUGGGCAGGAAGGAAGGCCUUCAGGCCCAGAGGUGGAUAUGGACUCGGACUCUGAGCGGGAGCUUGUGAUUGACCUCGGUGAGGAAUCAGGAGGAAGGGAAAAGAAGAAAGCCAAGCGAGAGAUUGCAUCAGCCCCCAUCUCUACACCUAAAGACCAGACAGGCGUUAAUACAGAUGGUAAAGCACCUGCAUCUUCCAGCAAAUCAGCAUCUCCAUCCACAGAUAACACUUCAUCUUCCCCCAACCCUGGUCCAAAAGAUGCAACUGCAUCAGCCAUCAAGCCUGCUGUUCCAACUGUAUCUACAACUCAAGCCACAUCCACCUCAGCUGUUCCCCCUGUUCCUGCAGCCCCAGCCACAGCCAAUGUGGUGAAGAAACAGCGCCCUCUGCUGCCAAAGGAGAGCACACAGCCGGCUCAGCGGCCUGCGGGGUGGAAUCAACCGGGCAGUAAAUUCCAGACGUCAUCUCAGAAGUGGCACAUGCAGAAGGUGCAGAGACAGCAGCAACAGGGUGGACAGGUUCCUCAGACACCGGUGCAGAACCAAUCACAGCCCCAGACGCCAGCAAACAACUCCAGCACCCGCUACCAGACCAGACAGUCAGUCAAGGCUGUUCAACAGAAAGACACCUCACCUGUUAACACAGCUUCUGGCACCUCUACCACCAGUCUGGCUGGAGACUUCCUUCCCCCUCCUGCAUCUGCUGAUGUGGCCGCUGACAUUGCAAAAUACACCACCAAGAUGAUGGAUGUGAUCAAAGGAACAAUGACGGAGAUAUACAAUGAUCUCUCCAAGAGCACGACAGGGAACACCAUUGCAGAGAUAAGGCGGUUGAGGAUUGAAAUUGAGAAACUGCAGUGGCUGCAUCAGCAGGAGCUGUCGGAGAUGAAACAUAACCUGGAGUUAACCAUGGCAGAGAUGAGGCAGAGUCUGGAGCAGGAGAGGGAGAGACUGGUGUCAGAGGUGAAGAAACAGAUGGAGGUGGAGAAGCAGCAGGCUGUGGAUGAGACCAAAAAGAAGCAGUGGUGUGCCAACUGUAAGAAAGAGGCCAUCUUCUACUGCUGCUGGAACACUAGUUACUGUGACUACCCAUGCCAGCAAGCACACUGGCCUGAACACAUGAAAUCCUGCACACAGUCAGCCACAUCAUCUCAACAGGAGAUGGAAGCAGAAGCUAGUUCAGACCCAACAAAACCUGUAGGACAGUCCCCUAAAACCCAACCUUCACCAACUGCAGACAAAAUUUCACCUGCAAACCGAGGACCCUCCCCCUGCACAGACAACACUAAAGCCAGUUCCUCUGUUGCCGUCUCAUAACCACAGAGUUACUGAGAUCAUUUUUUUGUUUUGUUUUUUUUAUCAUCAAAAUGGUGCCAUUUCAGAUUUGAGUCAUCGGUUAAGGACAUUGACUCAUUUUCAACAGAGGUUUAGAGACUUUCUUUUCAAGUGUGGUCAUGAAAUGAUGUUGGCACACAUCCCUCACCUGUUCACUACAUCAAACAACAUUAGGAUAAUGCCUAUAAAGAUUUGAUUCAUUUCUAUGUACAUUGUCAUUUCGUAUUUGUAUUUGUGAAUUGUUUAGUACGAAGACAGAGACGUCCUUUGAUAUGAAAUUUGCAACCGUAAUGCUGUUGUCUUUUUUUUUUUUUAUACAUAUCAACUUUUGUAAACUUCAAAAACGAAACAAAUGUGUUUGGUCUAUAUCAUUAUUUUUUAUUUUUCUCUGAACGUGAAUGAUGCACUUAGAAGUGCCUCUGGAAGGGUCGGUUCACUUUAUACAAAGAUAAUCACGAAUGAAGAGCGUGUUUGUAGAAGUUCAAAAACUUUUACGGAAUAUGAUUGUUAGUACUCAUGAACUGUCACUAAGUUUCUGGAAAGAUUCAAAGAUUUGUACUCCACUUAUCUUUCAUCUGUGAAAAGUGUCUUGAUUAAAAAAAUAAGCAAAAACAAAUCUAGAGGAGCAAAGGAAAAGAUUAUACUUAUUGUGGGCAUGUUUUUUUCUUUUUCUCCUGUCUUGUGGACUAUCUUGUUUACAUAAUGUAAAUAAAAAAAGAAUAAGCAGAGAUGAUAUCUGUAUGAAAAAUAAAGUCUUUAGUGAGACACAAAACUCUGGAUGCUCUGUUGUAUCAAGAAUUUAUAUUUAAACUUUUCCCUUGCACAUUCUUUCAAAAAAGAUUUUGGUUCAACAUUAAAGCAGUGUUGGAUGUGAACAUGAAUUUGGGAUUAGAAAACUGCAAAAUGCAGAGCAACUGCUUGUAAAUUAAAUGUAUCUACCAACUAUUAGUUAGAAUAGCUUUACUAUAUAUGCACAUGUGAUUGGUCAGGCCCUACUUCUCAUCUUUUCACCAAUUAUCUAAAUAAUCCUUGUGUAUUCUGAAUCCAGCACAAAGGCUUCAAUUUAUUUUCAAUUGAUUUCAAUUAUCUUAUUUAGUAUAUGCCAAGUGUAUGUAUGUUGUCAUUUGGUGACAUAG